AUGAGCGAGAAACAAUUCCACACAGUUACAAUUGCUGGGGCUACGGGUUUUUUAGGAUUUCAUAUUGCAGAUGCAUUUUUACAACAAGGGUGUUAUAAUGUGAAAGUUCUUCGAAAGAAACCAGAAAAUAACAAUGAGAAAGCUAAAUUAUUGGAAUCAAAAGGAGCAAAAAUUGUAUAUGCAGUUUAUGAUGACAAAAACGAUCUUAUUAAAGCUAUUAAAGGAACGGAUGUUAUUGUUAGUGCUAUACGUGGCGACUAUUACAAUGAUCAAAUAAUGCUUUUAACCGCGGCCAAAGAAACAGGUGUAAAGAGGUUCAUACCAUCAGAAUUCGGUAGUGAGUUACCGCAAGGGUUAGAACCUCAUCCAGUUAUUGCCGGCAAGUAUAAGCUUCGGGAUGCAUUGGAAAAAAGUGGACUUGAAUAUACAUAUAUAUUUAACGGAAUAUUUUAUGAAUCCCUUGAAUUUUUUGGUUUUGAUGUCAAAAAUAAAAAAGUAACAUUCUAUGCUAAUGAUGAUGCAAAAGUGCGUAUCACUUCUUUAGCUGAUGCUGGAAGAUAUACUGCCGAAUCGCUUAAAAUACCAGAGGCACGUAAUGGUAUUAUUAGAGUUGGAUUAACCCUGACACUUAAUGAAUUACUCAAAAAAUUUGAAGAAGUUUCUGGUUGUAAAUGGGAAGUGAUUGAAGACAAGGAUGUGCAACACCGAUUUAAAAACAAGAUCGAACCUAUCCCACCACUUAUAGAUGAUUUUAAAGCUUUUAUAGCUAAUAAUGCAGUAUAUUAUGAUGUUGAUAACGAUAAAUUCAGUUUUACUCCUCUUACCAUUACCGAAUUUCUUAAUUCUAACAUAAAAAAUUUAUAA